CAGACCUCAGACCUCAGACCUCAGUCACCACCCCCAGAUACUGUACACACUAAUCCGUCCCUGACAACCUGGCUGGCAUCCUGCACCUUGAUCUUGCCACCAACCACCGCCGUCAUGUCUGCUUCCGGCCGAGCUCUCGUGCGGCACGCCCGGCGUCAAGACGUACCUGCCAUCCUAGGCCUUGUCAAGGAGCUCGCAGACUACGAGCAUGAGCUCGCCUCGGUCGAGGCUACCGUCCAGAAGCUCGGCUCCACCAUCGCCUUUGCGCCCUCGGAGCUCUCCCCGCGCGAGCCCACCACCGACGCCCGCGGCCUGCCCAUCACCGAGCCCACCACCCCGCUCCGGCCGGCCAGGUGCCUCCUGUUGUAUGCGCCCGGCGACGACACCGCCCCCGUGGGCAUGGCCCUGUACUUUUACAACUACUCGACCUGGCGCGCCAGCCCUGGCAUCUACCUCGAGGAUCUCUACGUCACCCCGCGCCAGAGGAACAAGGGCUACGGGAAGCUCCUGCUGGUGACCCUGGCCAGGGAGGUCGUGGCCAUGGGCGGCGGCAGGCUGGACUGGAGCGUCCUGAGGUGGAACGAGCCCAGCAUCCGCUUCUACGAGGACGUCAUUGGCGCGACGCGCCAGGAGGAAUGGCUGGGCAUGCGGGUGGACAGGGACGCGCUUCUCAAGCUGGCCCGGCUGCUGGACUGAGGGCACGUAGAGAGAGGUAGACAGCCAACGGCGCGCAAUACAGCAACAGUCACCUGUUUUUGCCCUUGCUCUUGCUCUUGUCCUUGCCCUUCUUGGCCCUGGUGGCCGCAGGGGCCCCGUCGAACAAGGUGGCGUGACCGGCCGCCGCGACAGGCACGUCCUUGGGCACCUUGCCCCAGGUGAUGUCCCACCUGUCCUCGGCGCCGGGCCUCGCCUCCAUGGUGGGGGUCAGCUCCCACACCCUGGCGAACAGGCGGCGCAGUGUCCUGGGUGUGUAGGUGUGCAUGCCGAUGGGGGCGCCCUGCCCGUGCGGGCCCGGCACGGGGCGGCCGGUGCGGCCCCGCUGCGACCUGGAGCUGGCCCGCUCGGCGGCGCGCACGGGCUCGGUGGCGUGGGCGUGCCAGCACCACCGUGUGUUCACGCCGUGGCUGCCUCGUAGGGGGACGGCGGGCGGGCGUCGCUGCGGCAUCUGGCAGAGGGCACUGCUGUCGGGGCGGCCCAGGGCGAGGGCGCGCAGGGUGUCCCAGUCGGCGGCGGGCAGCGGGGGCAGGAUGCGGUUGACCAGGCGCACGUACUCCUUGCGCAGCUUGCUCCGGGCCAGGGCGGCGGGGAGCGGCCUCUCCCAGAUGUUGGUGCGGGGCAGCCUGGCGGCCGGGUCUGUCUGGCUGGCCCUGAUGUCGGGGCGGGGGCUCUGUGGCGGGCUGCGCCUGGCCUGGGAGUCGGCGAGGGCGCGCAGCUUGCGGGUGUCCCAGGCGUCCAGCCAGUCGCGUGGCCGCUGGGCGGGCGAGCCGUCCUUUGCGCGGUAGGUCCGGGCCUGGCUGUCGGCGGCGACGGCGGCCUCGAGCUGGGCAGGGUCGGCGGGCGGGUCCUGGCGCAGGAGGGAGCGGACGAGCAGCCUCCUCCUGCUGCCGGUCCUGCCGAAGACGAGCAGCAGGACGCGGUGCAGGUUGUGCACCAGGCCGUUGUUGGCGGCGCUCAGGAAGCGCAGGUCGUGGCGGGCCUGGCGGAGGCGGCGUCUUGUCUGCGGGCAGGCGGGCGGGUCGCGAGCAUGUCGGCGGAAGCGGUUCACGAUCUGCUGUCUGACGAACGGCUGGCAUACGGGGGGCAGGUACGAGGCCUGGCGGAGGAGCCCGCGGUAGACGUGCAGGGCGGGUGAGGCCGCCGCGGCGACCAGGGAGCGGCGCAUGGUCGUGCGUGCGGUUGGACGACACAGAUUAUUGUUGUUGUUGUUGAUGAUGAUGUGGUACCGUGUAA